CAGCUCUUUCAGAUGCAAAGAUCUUUUGCUGCAAGCAACACAUUUUCAAACCUGGCUCCGAUUCUAGUCUCGAAACAGAUGCCUGGUGCCAUGAGCAGCGCUCUCCUCACCUGCCUCCUUUCUAUUUUCAUACCUGCAGGGUUUUCCCUGGAGUGUUGGAGUUGUGAAACAACUGGAAGGAAUUGCCAAGGGCAGAGGCAAACGUGCCCCAUUGAUUACGAAGAAUGUGGUGUCCUUCAGUUGGAGAGGUCAUUUGGACAAAAUAAGCAGACCACUGUGAAGAACUGCACCCAGUCUAACAACUGUGACAAAGAACUUGCAGUUUUCAAUAUGGGCAAGGGACGGACAAUAUUGGGCAAGAUUUCGUGCUGCACAGCAGAUGACUGCAAGAGCAUUAACCCCUUCCGCCCUAGAAAAACCACAGUUAACGGAUUUAGAUGCCCGUCUUGCUAUUCUGUGCAUGGCGUGUGUGUGGAAGAGUCUGUGGAAUGUUCCGGAUAUGAGCGCUACUGCGCUCAGUUGUUUCAGACCCCAAGCACAGGAGGGAGCACUGUGACUGUCAUGAAGGGGUGCGCAAACAAGGCUUACUGUGAUCAGAUGGAGAAGUUUGCCUCUGCUGCCAGGAUGAGGUUACUUGAGACGAGCCAUUGUGUACUAGCCUCCGGAGCAGCUAGCAUCCUUCCAGAAUUGUUUGGACUUUUGCUCUCCAGCCACGCUGGGCUCCUGCUUGUGGCGGACCUUUUGUGACCCCUGGCAUCAUAAACCUGAGCGAUUUCUCCUUUCCGCUCAGGCCUUAUCCGGAGCGUCACCUUUUU